GUUCGCUAGCAUUUUCGUUUUUCGUUUGUUUUUGAAUGCACAGAUGCGCAAAGAUAUAGAAUUCCGAGUGCAUGAACAGCGUAUUCUGUAAUGAGAUUCGAAAAAGAAAUAUUAAAGUCAGCAAUUGUGAAAAGUGGCAGCAAAAGUAGUGUGGAAGAUUUAUUUGCUAUUUAAAACUGUAGUCAAAAAGCGCUAAAAAUACGCUCGAGAACUAAUGAAAGACACAAAUAUUUAUUUAAGAAAUUCGUAUCUGCGUGUGUGUGUUUAUAUCUAACGUGUUUGUGUGAAAUGCCAAAUUGUCUGCCAAAAGCAUGAGCUAGAAUUCUACUAAAAUAGUACAAAAUAAUUAACGCAGAGGCAUAUAAAACGAACAACAACAGAAACACUAAAACUAAUCAACAUAAGCAUAGGCAGAAAAACGUUUGUAAACAAGCACAAGAAAAACGCGUGUAAAACGCGUGGAAUUAAAGUGCGCGUAGACAGGAAACGGAGUCAGACGCAGGAUAUUCGUUUUGGAUUGAAUUUCACCUGAUUUGUAUUGCCACCUUUCGUAUAUAAUUAUAAUCAAUGUGAUCACGCGCUCACACCACAGCGACAACAGCAUCGAGAACAGAACACGAACAACAACAACAGCAACAACAACAACGAGAAGAGAAGCAACAACAGAGAAGAUCCGAAGAGCGAAGGCAGGCAGGCAGGCAGGAUCAAGUUUUUGCCAAAACCCAUAAUUUUUGCAAAACAAAAGAAGAAGUAAAAAGAGAAGACGGCUGCAGCGGCUUUGGGCUCCAUGGUGUCGCCGGCUUGACCGACGUAGUUUGAAACGGGCGCAAUAAACAACAACAACAACAAGCACAACAGCUACAAAUACAACAAGAACGAGCAAAGCUAACGAAUCCAGUUCUCCAGCGAGCCACGAGCUAGCCAGCCCGUCAGCCAGCAAGUCAGAUAUACAGAGAGUGAGAGAGAGAGAGGGAGAGAGGAAGGUGCAGCAAGUGGGGAUCGUGUGCUGUGCUUUUGUUGUUUUUAUUGUGGUUGGAAGCAGCCGCCAACUCUCGACUCCGUCGCGUUUAUUGUUUUGUUGCAGCGGCAGCGGCAGCAACUGGCUCAACACCCAGAGACCAGCGGGCUAGAAGGAAGAAGAAGGCGAACCAGCAGAAGGGGCCAAGAGACUGUAGAUAUUGCUGCAACAUUGCCACAGCCCCGCCGCUAGUAUAAAAAUCAUCAUCAACGUCGCUGUUGUUGUUUUCGUUCUUGUUGCUUUUGUUGUUCUUACUGCACACGGCCAGACAUGGCGCCGAAAUCCAGAAAGAAGAAGGCUCAUGCGCGCACGCUCUCCUGCUACUGCGACGGCAGCUGUCCAGAUAAUGUUGUGAAUGGAACUUGCGAGACGCGACCGGGCGGCAGCUGUUUCAGCGCCGUGGAGGAGGUCUACGAUGAGACCACGGGCACCUACGAGGAGGAGCGCACCUAUGGCUGCAUGCCACCGGAGGAAAACGGCGGUCUCUUGAUGUGCAAAGUGGCCGCUAUGCCCCACAUUCAUGGCAAGAACAUCGUUUGCUGCGAUGGUGGCGACUUCUGCAAUCGUGAUUUGCAUCCCGCCUACAUGCCCAAGAUCACAACGCCCGCGCCCGAGCUGCCAGUCAGCGAGUCCGUGCACACCCUGGUGCUGUUCGCUGCCCUCAUCAUCUCGCUGUCAGUGUUUAUUGUGGUCCUGUCCCUUAUAUGCGUGACGUGUCGACGGCGCGAGAAGCUGCGCAAGCAGCCGCGUCUCAUCAACUCGAUGUGCAACUCGCAGCUCUCGCCACUCUCGCAGCUGGUGGAGCAAAGCUCGGGCUCGGGAUCGGGACUGCCUCUGCUCGUGCAACGGACAAUCGCCAAGCAAAUUCAGAUGGUGAGACUGGUGGGCAAGGGACGGUACGGCGAGGUGUGGCUGGCACAAUGGCGCGACGAGAAGGUGGCUGUUAAGACCUUCUUCACCACCGAGGAGGCCUCCUGGUUCCGCGAGACCGAAAUCUAUCAGACAGUGCUGAUGCGGCACGAGAACAUUUUGGGAUUCAUUGCCGCGGACAUCAAGGGAAAUGGCAGCUGGACACAGAUGCUGCUCAUCACCGACUACCACGAGAUAGGCAGUCUGCACGACCAUCUCUCGACCUCUGUCAUUACGCCACAAAAGCUGCAGCUGCUCGCCUACUCCCUGGCCUCAGGCCUGGCCCACUUGCACGACGAGAUCUUCGGCACCCCAGGAAAACCGGCCAUCGCACAUCGAGACAUCAAGAGCAAGAACAUACUGGUCAAGCGGAACGGACAGUGCGCCAUUGCCGAUUUCGGACUGGCCGUCAAGUACAUUUCGGAGCUGGACGAGAUUCACAUUGCGCAGAAUACGCGCGUUGGCACACGCCGCUACAUGGCGCCAGAGGUGCUUAGCCAGGCCCUGAAUCCGCAGCAGUUUGAGGAGUUCAAGCGCGCCGAUAUGUACUCGGUGGGCCUGGUGUUCUGGGAGAUGGCGCGCCGUUGCUACACGCCGAUCGCGGGCACCAAGACAACCACCUGCGAGGACUAUGCGCUGCCCUACCACGAUGUGGUGCCCUCGGAUCCCACCUUCGAGGACAUGCACGCGGUGGUGUGUGUCAAGGGCUUCCGACCACCGAUCCCAGCGCGCUGGCAAGAGGACGAUGUGCUUGCCACCAUCGCCAAGAUCAUGCAGGAGUGCUGGCAUCCGAAUCCCACGGUGCGGCUGACGGCACUGCGCGUUAAGAAGACACUCGGGCGGCUCGAGUCGGACUGCCUCAUCGACGUGCCCAUGAAGAUCGUCUAAGCCCUAGCCUAAGCCCAACCCUGUUCGUACUACUUGUAGUUUAAGUAAGAAUCGUUUCAUUUUCGUUCUAGGUUUGACCUAAGUUGCAUUUACGAGUCCUGUCUUCACUCCUGAGCCUAUUAUUAUUAUUAUUUUGUUUCACAUCCGCCAA